AGGAUGUGAUCUUCAUGGUGAGCUGGUGGGAAGACUGAGUUGUAAAUCACCCCAAUGGAUGCGGACAGUGAUGUUGCAUUGGACAUUUUAAUCACAAACGUAGUGUGUGUUUUUAGAACAAGAUGCCAUUUAAACUUGAGGAAGAUUGCAUUAGAGGGCGCAAAUGUCAUCUACAAGCGUGAUGUUGGGAAAGUAUUAAUGAAACUUAGGAAACCUAGGAUUACGGCCACAAUUUGGUCCUCAGGAAAAGUUAUUUGCACAGGAGCCACAAGUGAAGAAGAAGCUAAAUUUGGUGCCAGGCGAUUAGCUCGUAGUCUACAGAAACUAGGUUUCCAGGUGAUUUUCACAGAUUUUAAAGUUGUGAAUGUUUUAGCAGUGUGCAACAUGCCCUUUGAGAUCAGAUUGCCAGAAUUUACAAAGAAUAACAGACCUCAUGCGAGUUAUGAACCAGAACUUCAUCCUGCCGUGUGUUACAGAAUAAAAUCUCUCAGAGCUACCUUACAGAUUUUUUCCACAGGCAGUAUCACAGUUACAGGGCCAAACGUAAAGGCUGUUGCCAGCGCUGUGGAACAGAUUUACCCAUUCGUGUUUGAAAGCAGGAAAUAAAUUUUAUAAUUCACCACUUGAUGGUUAGGUUCCCUAACCAAGCACCUUUAAAGACUGCUGCACAUUGGACUAAACGGAAAACUGGACCAACAAUAGCAGAGGAAUAGAGACUCUUUUACUUGCUCAUGGCCACAGUAUAAACUCCAGUUCUUUUGGAUUUUACUCUUAACAGUGCUGUAUUGUAAAAACGGAAGUUUACAAGAUAUGAAAUUGCUGCUUUUGAAAAGACAUUCUAUUUAUUUUUGCAGUAAUUUCUGUGUAUUCAUAAAUAAAGCUGUCACGAUGUGCACUACCUUUAAAACUUUUCUUUUGUUUUAUUUUGAGCUUGUGUUUUAUUUGUGAAUAGUCUUUUACAUUUUUGUAUGCUGAAUAUUGGGCACCAAAGACGCUGUAAAAGUUACCUUUUUCACCUGAUGAAUGUGCACAAAUAAAAGUUUGGAAAAUAUUUCUCUUCA